UCAUGUCACAAAGAUAAACAAAAAAACAAAAAAACAAAAAAAAAAUGUUGAAUAAACAAAUAAGACUCGCAAUAAUUUCACCUUUGGUUUUUUCUACUCUUCUUUCUUUCUUCUUGUCUAUUCCUUCUAAUUAUGCUGCACCACAGGCACCGCAGUCUUAUAUUGUGUACCUGGGAGACCAAUCCCCACCCACUGGUGAAGCCAGAGACGUUUUCAGUGAUGAAAAAGUGAGCCAAUCACACUUUGACAUGGUGUCAUCACUCAUUCAAACUGACAGUGCAAAACCAGAGGGUAAAAUACUUUACUCAUACACAAAAUCCAUGGAUGGAUUUGCUGCAGUUCUUGAUGAUUCUCAAGUACAAAUGCUUAAGAAUCAACCUAAUGUAAGAGCAGUAUUCCCAAACAAAAGAUAUGAAUUACACACAACACAUUCAUGGGAUUAUCUUCAAUUAGCAGACGGUGGCGUUGCUGCUCCUGCCUCCCUUUGGAACACGGCUAAGUACGGCCAAGAUAUUAUUAUUGCUAAUCUCGACACCGGUGUUUGGCCAGAAUCAGCAAGUUUUAAAGACGACGGAAUGGGGCCUGUUCCGGCAAGAUGGCGAGGGGGUUGUUCGGCGGAGAGUGGAAUACGCUGCAACAAAAAGCUUAUAGGAGCAAAAGUGUUCUCCAAAGGGGCCGAAGCAGCUGGACUCGUAAUCAACAAGGCGAUACACAGCGCACGCGACUACCAAGGCCAUGGCUCGCACACAUUAUCAACAGCCGGCGGUAGUUUUGUUCCCGGGGCUAACAUAUUCGGUUAUGGCAAUGGAACCGCAAAGGGAGGAGCGCCAAAAGCUCGCGUCGCUUCUUAUAAAAUUUGCUGGUCUGGUGGUUGCUACGGAGCUGAUAUUUUGGCUGCAUUGGAUGCUGCAAUCAAAGAUGGUGUUGAUGUUCUAUCCAUGUCCAUUGGAAGCGGCGUUAGCGAUCUUUUCCAAGACGCUACUUCGAUCGGAUCGUUUAAUGCAAUGAAAAAAGGAAUUCCAGUAGUUGCCUCAGCUGGUAAUGAAGGACCGGGGCCAGAGACUAUAAAUAAUGUAUGUCCAUGGCUUUUUACAACUGGAGCUAGUACAAUGGACCGUAGCUUCUCGAAUUUUCUUGUUCUUGGCGAUCAGAAGCAUAUAAAUGGAUCCAGCCUUUCAUCCUCAGGUUUGCCGGCUGGAAAGGUUUAUCCUUUGAUCAAUGCAGCCGAUGCAAAAUCUGCAAAUGCAGUCGUCCAAGACGCUAUAUUAUGCAAAAAUGGAUCUCUAGACAAAGCAAAGGUAGCAGGGAAGCUUAUUGUAUGUCUUAGAGGAGAUUCAGGAAGAUUAGAGAAGGGAAUGGUGGUUGCAGGUUUAGGAGCAGCUGGUAUGGUUCUAGCCAACGACCCAAUAAGUGGAAGUGACCUUUUUUCAGAUCCUCAUUUCCUUCCAGCUAUUCAUGUCACUUACGCCGAUGGUCAAGCCAUUUACGAGUACAUCAAGGCUACCAAAAAUCCUACCGCAUCACUUUUUCCAGUAACAUCAGCAUUAGGAGUUAAACCAUCUCCACAAAUGGCAGCUUUCUCAUCAAGAGGGCCUAAUCCACUUUUUCCAGGACUUCUUAAGCCUGAUAUUACUGCCCCAGGAGUUAACAUACUUGCUGCUUUCUCCGGAGCAGCAUCUCCGAGCGAAUUGGACAUCGACAAACGUAGAAUUCCUUACAAUGUGUUGUCUGGAACUUCCAUGUCUUGCCCUCAUGUUGCUGGUAUUGUUGGUCUUAUCAAAUCAAUCCACCCAGAUUGGAGUCCUGCGGCUAUCAAAUCCGCCAUUAUGACUACCUCUAAAACACAAGCCAGCGAUGGCAAAGAAAUUCUCGAUGCAGACGGUAAAUUCGCAACGCCAUUUUCAUACGGUGCUGGACACGUACAACCCAACAUCGCAACAGAUCCCGGACUUGUUUACGACUUAACACCAAGUGAUUACUUGAACUCUCUAUGUGCAAUCGGCUACAACGCCUCAAUUAUCAAAGGAUUCGCAGGUUUUCCUUAUGUAUGUCCACCGAAUUACACUCUCAACGACUUUAACUACCCUUCAUUCGCAGUCCCAGAUCUAGCUGGCCCAGUCGUUGCCACUCGUAAACUUAAGAAUGUCGGAACUCCUGGAACCUACACCGCGACUGUCGUUGCGCCAGCAGAGGUUUCUGUCGUUGUCGAGCCGACGAAACUGACCUUUACUAAAAUUGGACAAGAGCUGGCGUUUAAGGUUACAUUCAAGCCAACAGGCACUGGUGCUCCUAAGGACUAUGUGUUUGGGCAGCUUAAAUGGUCAGAUGGCAAACAUACUGUACAGAGUCCUCUUGUAAUGAAGCAUGCUUAGGGUUAGGGUACCCUGUGGAUAUAUAUUUAUAUCUAAUUUUGCAAAAUAAUUAGCUAAUUCAAGUUAAAUAAUUUUCAUGUAUUAUACAUGGUCAUUGUUCAAAUCCAUGGGAAGCGAAUAUUAGAAGCCUCUUUAGACACAUUUUUUUAUGGAUUUUUUUAUGUUUAUAGAUUGGUUGAUUUUUGCAAUAAAUCUAUAUAAGAUUUUUUUGGGUUGAUGUAAUUCUUGAGCUAAUAUUAAUUUAUUUUUUAUUUCUA